AUGGAGUCCAAUCAUAUACAGUCUAUGCACCAAGCUACACAGGAGAUGUCUAGGGACCAUGGGAGGAAGAGCAAGCGUAGGCAUCAGAAUAAGACGCAUACCAUAAGCUCGCCGCAUACUUGGAACCCUAAGCACUCUAAUAAGAAAUAUAGCAUUGCAGAAUUGGAUGCAUUGGUUGAAGCAGAAAUUAUAAGGGAACACGAAGCUGAAGCGAUGAUGGAUAUAGACGAAUAUCACAGCCAUGAAAUUAACAACAUUAAGACUAUUCCUGACAAGAGAGUCGAUAUUCCGGGCGAAGAGACUUUCGCAAAAGUAAUUCAGCCGCAGGUUGAAGUGCGGCAAGACUUGCAUAAUAUUGCACUGGUCGUUGAUACUAAUUAUGUGUUAUCACAUCUGGAUAUCCUUGAAGAACUACGAGUGCUUGCCCCAAAAUACAGCUAUCGCAUAGUAGUACCAAAAACGGUACUGCAAGAGUUAGACGGUUUAAAGAAUUCAAACAAAGUAGAUGGCGAUUAUUCUUCUUGUCAAAGGAAGGAACCGGUCUCGGUUUUGGCCCGUCGAGCGAACAACUGGCUAUAUAGUAAUCUAGCCAACUUAGACUCAUAUCUCAUCGUUCAGAAAAUGCGAGAGAAACUGGAUCUUAACAGCGCCAAGGACGAUGCCAUCCUGGAUUGUUGUCUAUACUAUGGCGAGGUUCACAAGUACUUUGUAGUUCUUCUUUCGAACGAUAAGAACUUAUGCAUGAAAGCACUGGCAGAGGAGGUUCCGACCGUUUCAUACCGUGACAGAAUGACGGCACAACUAAUUGCGUCUAGGAUCAAAGAGGAAUAUCAGCAUAGAGAAUCCAUGGUUGGUAGCCCUGAGAAGACCAAAAUGGAGGAGGAUGUCUCAAUGGACGACUUAAUAGUACAGGACAAGAACAAGGGCAUCGACAUAUACGAGGUAGUAUCGCAUGUGCAGGAUUUGGUCCUAGCUGCGAUAGACGACGUCAUGCAUGAGGAAUAUGGGUCCGAAUUGGAGUUUAUAUCAUAUGACAAGAGUUCUAUGGGUACAUUGGCCGAUGCGGUUCCCUGCUUUCAGGCUUUUUGGAUAGCGGUAUUUUCUGAAUACUUCAAGGGUUCAGGAAUCAACAAAAACUACUGGCACUCGCUUCCGAGGGCUCUGUUGAAUCCCGGAACCGACUGUACCUUGCUCCUUGAAUUUCUUAGUUUUUGGGCUUCGGUACUUGAUUGCCUUUAUGUUAAGAAAUCCCAGCAGGACGUUGAUGACCUGCACCGUAAUCUGGACGCUAUACGGGACAUGGUAACAAAGGCCUCGCAACAUUAA